AACGUCAACAAUCGUGCAAUCGCCGGGCGAUUUAAAACAAAAAUAACACGUCAACACUAGUUUUCCAGCAUGUCUCUGGAGUGUAAAAUCCCGCUUGACCAACCGGAGGGUUCGAACGCCGGCCGCCGGAUUGCACUGAUAACCGGCAUCACCGGACAGGAUGGUUCCUACCUGGCGGAGUUUCUGCUCGCAAAAGACUACGUAGUCCACGGAAUCAUCCGGCGGGCCAGCACGUUCAACACGUCCCGCAUCGAGCACCUGUACGCGGACCCAAACACCCACAAGCAGGACCGGAUGAUUCUGCACUACGGCGACAUGACCGACAGCAGCUGCCUGGUGAAGAUCAUUUCGGCCGUCCGUCCGACGGAGAUCUACAACCUGGCCGCGCAGAGCCACGUCAAGGUUUCGUUCGACCUGAGCGAAUACACGGCCGAAGUGGACGCCGUGGGGACGCUCCGCCUGCUGGAUGCCAUCCGGACGUGCGGGUUGGAGAAGUCGGUCAAGUUCUACCAGGCCAGUACGUCGGAACUGUACGGGAAGGUCGUCGAGACGCCGCAGAACGAAAAAACUCCGUUCUACCCGCGGUCACCGUACGCUUGCGCCAAACUGUACGGCUACUGGAUCCUCAUCAACUACCGUGAGGCGUACGGGAUGUUCGCGUGCAAUGGGAUCCUGUUCAACCACGAAUCACCGCGCCGGGGGGAAAACUUCGUGACCCGCAAGAUCACACGCUCGGUGGCGAAAAUCUUCCUCGGUCAGCUGACCUGCCUGGAGCUGGGCAACCUCGACUCCAAGCGUGACUGGGGCCACGCCCGGGACUACGUCGAAGCGAUGUGGCUGAUGCUGCAGCAGGACGAACCGCAGGAUUACGUGGUGGCCACCGGCGAGUGUCACUCGGUGCGGGAAUUCGUCGAGGAGGCCUUCAGGUGCAUUGACCGCGGCAUCGAGUGGCGGGGCAGCGGCGUGGACGAGGUGGGCGUCGAAAAGGGAACGGAGGUGGUGCGAGUGCGCGUCAAUCCGCGGUUCUUCCGACCGACCGAGGUCGAUCUGCUGCAGGGUGACGCGAGCAAGGCCAAGCGAGAGCUCGGCUGGGAGCCGAAGGUAUCGUUCCUGCAGCUGGUCGCCGACAUGGUGGCCGCGGACAUCGAGCUGAUGAAGCGCAAUCCGACCGCUUAGGUUUGGUGUAGUUUUAGGGCCAAAGAUUGUUUUUUAUUUUAGCGUGUGUGUUUAUGUGAGUGGUAAGUUUGAUCAAGUCACGAACAAUUUUAACAUUCCUGUCAGUAAGUUUAGCGUUAAAUGAACUUAAUUCGUACAGUUCCUUACUUUUUGUGACAUGUAUUAAAACAUUGAACUGUUUUUUUAAUUAUUGCUUUCCUUAUCUGUAGUUGUAUUUCAAUCAAAAGCAUUUUUUUUAAAAGAAAACGGUUGUCAUUUUUAAUGGAAGGAAUCAACAUCUAUCCUAUACUAUCCAAACCUAUCGUGGUUGCAAAUUGUUGCAAUCUAUCGUAAUAUUUUGAUCGUGUUUUGUUGUUUUUUUCUUUCUCCAAGAAAAUUUUGCAGCACAUCGAUUCAAAAAUACUAACAUUUAGAACGUCUAAAAAUAAUUAAUUCUAAUAUUAAAACAUAAUUUUAAGUCAAAAAUUCAAAAAAAAAAUUAAAUUCAUAAUUUAAAAAUUACCAACAAUUUUGUAAUUCAUGGAUUUUUAAAAUUAAAUCCCCCCAUUCUUAAACUCUGAAAUUGUUAAAUCCAAAAAUAUUUCAAUUCUUUAAUUCUAAAAAUCAUCUUUAAUUGUGAAAUCAUUAAUUUUUAAUUUUUGAAAAUAUUAUGUUUCUAAAAUAUUGAAUUUCUUUUUUUUAAUUGUUUAUUUUUUUAUUUUUUUGGACUCCUGUCAAUUUUUUAAUUAAAAUUUGGGGUAAUAGAAAAUUAAGAAAAAAAUGAUUUUUAAAUUCUUGAAUCCUUGCUUACCUUUCCAAAAGGUUCAAUGUAGUAACAAAGUAACCAAUGGUACAUUGGUUGUUUUAAAAAAGCAAUCUGAAAUUUUUGUUAACCCUCUAAUGCCCAUAGCGUUUCACACCACAUUUAUGCUUACGCUUUGGCCUGUAACCAACAAUGUCAGAUUAUUUUAUAGGAGAUCUGUACUUUCUUAAAAAAAAAAUCUGUAUUUUAUCUGUAUCAUGUCAAAUUCAAAGCCAUGGAAGAUUUUUUUGAUUUUCUAACAGCAGAUUUUAGUUUUUGCCUUUCUUACUAAAGAAAGGUAUAGGUUUUACUUUAUGGCUGGACGUCAUUUUCAUGUUCGUAAAUAUGACGAUUCAGCAUGAAUUUUAA